UUUGAAACUUCUAAAUUAAGUACAAAUGUUUUGAAACAACAACUUUUGGUGUUCUCCAUCUACCUAUUCAUCUACUUCUGUAUGUAGUUCUACCUGGUGAAUUAGCUUCCUUUAAACUUACAGGAGAAAAAUAAAUAAACUUACAGGAGAAUUUCUGUUCACUAAAAAUUGGAGGGCUUCCAAAUAUUAAGAUUUUAUCCUACCUCCCCAUUGGGCUAAGCCAUUCUCAUUUCAUUUAAUAUUUAAGAAGUUGGCCAUCAAAAUAUACAUGCAGAAAAUUUCUGGUCUAUCUCAAACUUUCAUUGACUUCUAAACAAUUAUUAUAAUUUAAGAAUUUGGAGGCCACCCUCAGAUCUUUCAGAUAAAAAUUGUCUUAGCAGAUUUGCCAUUUUGGAAAUAUUUUCCCCAUAUUCAUUUGAACAAAAUUGACUUAAUGCAUUUUUCAAAGUUCUUUAGCAUUACUGAAAAUAAUUUCCUUUGUGUGUGUAAUAGGGAAAUAUAGUAUGCUACAGACAGCAUGUGAUGUGCCUAUUAAACCUUUUAAAACAGGAGUAGGAACUUUUUGUAUUGUUUGCUUUACUGUUUAUAAAGCAUGUGGUACACAUUUUUCUACUCUUGUUAAUGAAUCCUAUGUAUCUGUUCUUGUAUCCCUAGAAAUAUUCUUUAAGUAGUUGCAUGUUGUUACACUACUUCUACUUUGCUGUUUCCCAUUUGAAGUGUUAAUGUACUAAGAAGAAACGCUUGGAACCUUCAUUGUGCCUUUUUCUGUUACUUUUUGAAAAUGAGAUUCUGCAAUUUCAUUCUUUUACCCCCAGACUUCUUUAGGUUUAUUCUAAACAAAAUGGGUAAGACUAAUAAGGGCUUUGCUUUGUUUUUUUAGUGUUUAUCUGAAUAUUUUAAGUUUAUUCAUUUUAAAUUGAAUUCAUACGUUAAUGGCUAUAUUUAAAACAAAUCUGUUGUUACAGUGUCGUUGUUAAGAACUGGACUUCUAAAAAAAAAAAAAAAAAGAACUGGACUUCUGAAAGUCCAGUUGAUUCUAAUAGCUAGUACAUGAUCCUAAUAGCUAGUACAUGUUAUGGCUGAUAGAACAUAAUUAAUUAUGGUUCCUGUAAUUCAUGGUUAUCAGAAUAUAAUUUAGAGCUUAUUUUUAUCCCCAGAAUUACCAUGUAGUAUAGAAUUAUGUAGGUAACUAGUGUAUUUGUUUGAAUUAAGAAGGAAAAGUUAGAGUAGUUUUCCUGUAAACUUGAAAGAAUAAGCUGUUUGGUCAGAAUAAUGAGGAGUCCAUGUAACUUUCCUUUAAGCCUAAUGAAAAAAAGAUAGAAAAAAGAUAUUUUUAUAGGUUAAAAUAUAUAUAUAUAUAUAUGUGUGUGUACUUCGAGAUGAAACUGGAUUUUCAGAUUAAUAUCAUUGUGAAAUUUGAGUCAUCCUUAAAGAUCCUUAAUCAGAAUUCAGUAGCUUUUUUUGCAUGUUCCCCUAUAUCUAAAGCUAGAGACAUCAAGUGCAUUCAUUUGCAGAGUUGGAUAGUAAGUUUUUUAAAAAUUCACAAAAACUAGAAAUUUGAGGUUUUAUCCCAAGCAGAACAUUUAAGUCUUAAUUUUUUGUUGUUAAUGGUUAAAAUGUGACCGAUUCUUAAAUUUUAGUACAAAUCUUACAUAUGUUUAACUUCCAUUUUGUCUGACUAACAUUUCAGGUAACUAUAGUUUACAUCUCACUCCAUUUAAAAACAUUCUUUCAUGUUUGGUGUCUGUUUUUCUUUGCUCUGUUAAAAUUUUCAGCUAACAAAAGAACAUUUUUCCUACAUUCUUCCUCUAUUGCACACUGUUGAUAGGUUAUUAAAUUUAGAUAUAUUCUGAGGUGAAAACUGCUAUGGCAAUUUAAAAUUAUUUUUACUUCCUUCUCUACAUAUUUUGAUUCUUUGGGGAUAUGGGGGUGGUAAAUGGUUUGGUUUCUUUAAAAUUCUUCUCCCCCUGUCCCACCCCCUCUGGAGAUGAGAAAGUCGAUAUUAUGCUACUUUGCUGCAGAAUUGGCUAAUGUCAUUUUACAGGGACCUUUCAUUUCUGUGAUUUCUCCUUCCCUCCCCACCAGGAAAGAAUGCCAUACAUAAGUCACACUGCCUCCAAGACAUCUGAUGCUUUGACACUCUUCCUUAGCACAACUCUGCUAAGCCCAAAUCCCUUUUGUAUCCCUUAUGUUGGUGAUCCACAAGGGGCAGCAGGGAUUACAGGUGCCAUGAAAAAAAUAGGCCUGUUAGAGAGGGGUGAGUUGAGGUAAACUGAUCCUAGGUGAGCAGAGGGAUAAGGUACAUCAAUUAAUUAUGAAUGUAAUUGGGGGAAAAGGGGAAAUUAUAGCACCAGAAUCCCUAUUGGGAAGAAUACGAUACAGAUAAGGUGAGCGGGGUACUGUUUUCAAUUUCAGUGUCUUAAAAGCUAGUUAAAAUUUGCUUUUCCUUUGGGGACCAGUGCUGAAGCAUCCUGAUUCCCUAGAGUACUUAUAUCUUUUCUAAAGUUGACAAUUGGAUUCUAUAAAAAAUAUAUAUUCAGUGUAGUUUUCUAUAUCUAUACCCUUAGGAUGUUUCUAGGUUGUUUAUUCCUUGUUGUUGCUUAGUAGCAUGAAAAACUGGGCAGUUUGUGCUCUCUUGAAUUUGGGGGGUGGGGGUUUGUUUUGUUUUCUUUUCUUUGGAUGGAAGUACUUAAGCCAACUUAAAUAUGAUGACUGAGGAUUAAGUCUGGCAGGCAACUCUUUGUAUUUUGUAUUAGACUUCAAAAUCUUCUCUUCUUCUUCUUCUUCUUUUUUUUUUUUUUUUUAAAUCCAGGAGAAUGCUUUAUUGCAACUUUUAGCUGACUAGAUGCUUAACUUAGUAACAAGUUUAGCCCUUGUAACUGGCUAGCUAAAAGCAAAUCGGCUUGUUUCUCAGAUCUUUGGGGGAUAGCAAGAAACAUUUGAGUGAAUGUUGUUGAAGAUUUUCAGUAGUAUAGAAAAUGAUGGCGCUCUUGUGAUAUUUGUAAGUACAAGCAAGGAUUUGGCACAGACAUCCUAUUUCAUGGCUACCAACAGUCUGCACCUUACCACCUUCUGUCUUCAGUACAAACCAACAGUGAUAGCAUGUGUAUGUAUUCAUUUGGCUUGCAAAUGGUCCAAUUGGGAGAUUCCUGUGUCAACUGAUGGAAAACAUUGGUGGGAAUAUGUGGAUCCUACGGUUACUCUAGAAUUACUAGAUGAGCUAACACAUGAGUUUCUACAAAUAUUGGAGAAAACACCUAGUAGGUUGAAGAGGAUUCGAAACUGGAGGGCUAAUCAGGCGGCUAAGAAACCAAAAGUAGAUGGACAAGUUUCAGAAACUCCACUUCUCGGUUCAUCUUUGGUCCAGAAUUCCAUUUUAGUAGAUAGUGUAACUGGUGUGCCUACAAACCCAAGUUUUCAGAAACCAUCUACAUCAGCAUUCCCUGCACCAGUACCUCUAAAUUCAGGAAAUAUCUCUGUUCAAGACAGCCAUACAUCUGAUAAUUUGUCAAUGCUAGCAACAGGAAUGCCAAGUACCUCCUACAGUUUGUCGUCACACCAAGAAUGGCCUCAACAUCAAGAAUCAGCAAGGACAGAACAGAUAUAUUCACAGAAGCAAGAGACAUCUUUGUCUGGUAGCCAGUACAACAUCAACUUCCAGCAGGGACCUUCUAUAUCACUGCAUUCAGGAUUACAUCACAGACCUGACAAAAUUUCUGAUCAUUCAUCCAUUAAGCAAGAAUAUACUCAUAAAGCAGGGAGCAGUAAACACCAUGGGCCAAUUUCUGCUACUCCUGGAGUAAUUCCUCAGAAAAUGUCUUUAGAUAAAUAUAGGGAAAAACGUAAGCUAGAAACUCUUGAUCUGGAUGUAAGGGAUCAUUAUAUAGCUGCCCAAGUAGAACAGCAACACAAACACGUGCAGUCACAGUCAGCCAGCAGCAGUUCUGUCACUUCUCCCAUUAAAAUGAAAAUUCCCAUCACAAAUACUGAAAAACCUGAAAAAUACAUGGCGGAUAAGAAGGAAAAGAGUGGAUCACUGAAGUUACGGAUUCCAAUACCACCCACUGAUAAGAGUGCUAGUAAAGAAGAACUGAAAAUGAAAAUAAAGGUUUCUUCCUCAGAAAGACAUAGCUCUUCUGAUGAGGGCAGUGGGAAGAGCAAGCAUUCAAGUCCACAUAUUAGCAGAGACCAUAAGGAGAAGCACAAGGACCAUCCCUCCAACCGCCACCACCCCAGCAGUCACAAGCAUUCCCACUCACAUAGUGGCAGCAGCAGCGGUGGCAGUAAACACAGUGCUGAUGGAAUACCACCCACUGUUCUGAGGAGUCCUGUCGGCCUGAGCAGUGAUGGCAUUUCCUCUAGUUCCAGCUCUUCAAGGAAGAAGCUGCAUGUCAAUGAUGCAUCUCACAACCAUCACUCCAAAAUGAGCAAAAGUUCCAAAAGUUCAGGUAGUUCAUCUAGUUCUUCCUCCUCUGUUAAGCAGUAUAUAUCCUCUCACAACUCUGUUUUUAACCAUCCCUUACCCCCUCCUCCCCCUGUCACAUACCAGGUGGGCUACGGACAUCUCAGCACCCUCGUGAAACUGGACAAGAAGCCAGUGGAGACCAACGGUCCUGAUGUCAAUCACGAGUACAGUACAAACAGCCAGCAUAUGGACUACAAAGACACAUUCGACAUGCUGGACUCGCUGUUAAGUGCCCAAGGAAUGAACAUGUAAUCAUUUGUUUAGGUCAAUUUUUCCUUUACUUUUUUAAUUUAAAAAUUGUUAGAAUGGAAAACUUCCUCCUGAUCUGGCAGUGGUAACUGUUGCUGCCACUGCUUCAAUAUUUGUAAGUGCUGCUUUAUUCUUCAUUCUGAAAAGAAGAGAUUAUAGUAAACAAGUCUUUAUCUCCACAUAUGAUAGUGUUAUAAAUACUGUAAAAGCAUGGAAGGUGCAAAACUCAGUAUUUCUACAAUUGCAGCUAAGAACAUUAGGAUGAAUGGCUGGCUGCUUCUAGGAAUAUAAGAUGCCUCAAGCAUUCAUUAUUUAUAAUUUGAAUACUGUAGCUAUUUUUUGUUGUUGCUUGGCUUUUGAAUGGGUGUAAAUUGUUUUCUUUUGUGUAUUUAUACUUGUAUGUAUGUAUGAUUUGCAUGUUUCAAUGAUAAAGGGAUAAAACAGUAUACUGACAACUGUUUACAAGAAAGUGGAGAAAAAUGUACAUACAUUUUUGUAUGUUUAGAUAUUACCAUAAAUACUCAGGAUUGGAGCUGCUUGUAAGUAUAACAAUAUAACUUUAUUUUAUUUUGUCAGAGUCCAUCACUAAUCUAAAACAAAGGUGGCACUUUUUCAUGUUAACCUUAAACUCUAGGCCUUACUGGAAGCCACUGAAGGGGGACACUUCACUACCGGAUGGGUAUGCAGUGCCACAGAUGGUCAUUUAUUUACACUGUGAGGCACUGAACUUUGGCCUUCAGAGCUUCUGACCAGGUUGGCUGCUGAAAUAGCCCCUAAUUUUCUGAAGGCUUGAAGAGGAAAAAAUAAAGUUUACAUACUCUUGAUGUGAAGUGCAUUUGAAAUGUUUGUUGGCUUGUUGCAGUACUAUAAACACAGAGCUGUUAAUAAUGGUUAUGUAGAUUACUGUGAUUUGAAAACUAAAUCCACAAAAACUUAUAUAGUGAAGAAUUAGUAAGUUUUUUUCUUAAAUAAAGAACUUUAACACUACAUAUUUUAACAGUAAACAGGGAUUGCUUUUCCUUUAGUGUUCAGAAUGACACCAUAUUCUUAAACAUACUCCUCCCCCAAAGUGUGUUUGUGUGUGAUGCCAUAUUUCUUUUUCAGGUAAAUGCAGUCUUCCUUAUAGAAAUGAAAUUAAACCUGUUGCUCUCUCAGUUCUUUUAUAUUCUAACAAUAAAUAAAAAGAAAAGAUAACUGACUGUGCAUUGUACCUGUAUUUAUAACUUAUGGUUGUUAUCAGGAAACUGAGAAAAAAGGGGUAGCCUCCAGGUAAACAAGCUAGUGGAGGUUUUACAUUUGUUUGCACAUCUCAGUAUAUUCCUGUUGAGGUCAAGUUUGCACAGUCAUCUAACUUCUGAACAAACAAUAGACUAUGUUUAAAAUUUGUCUUAAAUACCAGUAAUGUGGCUCCAGUUUAUCAGCUAAUCUUGAAUUAAUCUGUGGUAAAUCUUUGAGCUGUUGAGUGUCUUUAGAUGGGGUGAAUUCAACUUUUGUUGAACUGAAAACUGUCUUAAUUUUUUCCUCUAUGUAUAUGAAUUAUUUUUGUUACAAAGCCACUGAUAUGUGCACAAUUGUAAUUUUACUCAAGUAUGUUGCAGUUGUAAAUAUUAGAGAAUUUAAUCUCGUGCUCUUUUAUUUAGCAAUUACCUAAUUUGCCAGUAGCUUUAUAAUUUUUUUUAAGAUAAUUGUUCAUUAUUUUGUCAAUGUUAUUUGAACUUAGGAUACUAGGAGCCUCUUUCUAGGGACUUUGCCUAGCUAGCAUGUCCUAACAUUUGUUCUUUGUCUUGCAUAACUUUAGUAAUCUUUGUCAUUACAUGUAACUUUGUUGCUCUGUAUGGCAUAUUAUUGUAUCCAUAAACAUGGUAAUUUUGAUACAGUUAUACUUUUACAGUGGUACAUAAUCCAAGGACUAGUAUAGAAUUAAGCUGAGUGCAAGAUGAGGGCGGGAAGGGUUUUUGUUCUUGGUAAUUUAGAUGUGAAACCUCUAAGGAGCUAUCAUGUGAAACGACAUAGGGUGGUCGUGCUACUGUAUAAUUGGGGAUGAUAAUACCAGGAAUUUUAAUAAGAUUUUGUAAAGAAUAUCCAAAAAAAGUAGUGAACUUAUUUUCAGUAUGACAUAGAAAACAAUGUGAAUAUUUAAGGUCUGUGACUAUACUUAAACUUCACUAAGAAUUUGCAGAAUUGUUUUGAGAUGUGGGAAUAAAGGUAAUUUUGUUGAAUCUUUAUUGGUGCUAAUGAUGGACAGUUUAAAAGGUAGCUAGUAUAUAUUGUUAUGGGUCAGUACUUAUUAGUACUUCCAAAAUUGAAUUUGAAAUGCUAUGUAUUCACUUUUCACUCUGUAAAUGUAAUUCUUUACAAUGACUUUAUUUAUUAAAGGGCAGCCAGUUGUAAUUUGUACAGGAUUGUGUGAGCUAUUCAAACUCUUUAACCUCUGAACAGGAUUAUAGCUUCCAAAACCACCAUGGGGUUGAAUAUGAAAAUCCUUUUAAGUUUCAUUUCCAUUAAAUGAAAACCCCUAUUACUCAUACUACCAUUAAUUUGCUUUCCCCAUCUCAUUUGCAUAAAAUAGUUCAUCAGCCUGGUCCCAAUAGGCUCAACCAAAGAAAAAGACUCCAAUGAAUGGACAUUAUUACUGAGUCUUCUUGUAAGUAGCCAUAAAUAAACCAAAAUAGUAUCAUCAGAUUUAGAUAUGAAAUUCCACAUGUGCAAAGUACUGUUAAGGUGAUUUACAUUUUUGAUGAGAUUUUUUUAAUAUUUGAAAUAUUAAAAAGCAUUAUCUUUAAACAUCCUUUAAAAGAGUGAGUCAUUUUUCAGUUGUCUUUUCCCUAGAUCAUAGUUUUGUUACCUUUAUGCAGAAGCACAUUGCAUAGAAAGGCUUUACUUCUACCUCUUUAAUAGUUUUCCAGUAUCGAACUGUGCCCCCUAAAUAUUUGCCUUAGCUACUUAAGAUAUGUUUUCAGAACCAAAAAGCAAGAGUGUCUUUUCAUUGACACAUUUUUGGAGGCCUACUUUACCAAACUGAUGGGAUUAUCCUUUAGUGAUUACAACCUUACAAAAUGUUCCAGUUUCUUUUUGUUGUUGAACCUGAGGUUCAUUUCUUAGGUUUGUCUUUGAAAGCAUUACAGGUGCAUCUUGUUCUUUCUCUGUGUGUGCAGAUGCAUUCUGGUUAGAGUUGUUGAGUUCAGGUUUCUACCAUGGUACAUCAGUGGUUUUUUGUGGAAUAACAUGAGAGGUGCUUGCAUGACUUUGAACCAGCAGAUUAUAAUUACGUAUAGAAUACCUUAUCUUUUUGGUCUGUCUUCCUUGAACUUAAAUGACUGGUCUACUUCAGAGAACCAAAUUUUAAAUGUUUUUGUUACUUACCAAUUGCCUUUCCUAGCAUUUUAAGCACAUUUUUUGGUUAUACUUGAGAAUUUAAGUUGCUGAUUCUUAUUCCUGAAACCAACCUUAGAAAUAAACCACUGCGUGAUUUGUGUACUGUAGAAGUAUCUUGGGUUUGGUUAGAUAUUUUAGGGUAUUUUGCAUUUACUGUGGAAAUAAGUAAGGGUGGUGGUGGUUGUUUUUAACAUGGUAGUAGCUCUAAAGGAAGACUUAUAUUCUCAAAAUAUCUCACCAUUCCCAAAUUUUAUCUAAACAGUAAGCAGUUGUUUCUUGGCUAUUUCUGUGCUUAAAUUGCUAGGUGAGUUUUAAGAUCUCUUUGCUGAGAAAAAAUUGAGAGCUCUUGUGAAGAAUUCUUGAUUUAGUAGUCUUGCUCAAGAGGCUUUCUUGGGAGGCAAUAGGGUUCACUAACUGCAUUUAUCCAGAUGAAGGGUCAGUGAAUCCCACAUCCAGGAAACUUGCAUUAACUGAGCUCACAGAAUGAUACUUAUGUGUAUUUGUGUGCCUUUGUAUUUAAGAUAGGCUGGUUUAGAUGGGGAUCUUUGUGUUGGAAAACAGCACAUUCUCUCUCUGUCCUCCUAGGGUACAAGUUAUGAUACCGAUGUAUUAAUUUGAGAAUUCACAAUUACAUUAAUAUCUGAAAUUUGAUUUCUGUAAGCCAAAUAGAAGUUUGCUUAUUUUGUAAGGGAAGUUUGCCUUUAUAAUAUAGAUGAUCUUGCCAGUGGGUCUGGAAUGCUCAGUAUAAUUUAAGUCUGAUGCCACGCAUCCAUUUUUUAUUCUACAGUGUCGAUUUUGGCACAGCCAGCUUUUGCUUCUCUGACUCCUUUUUCUGUUCUAUAUAAUUUACUAGUUUCUAUUUUCACUUGACAGGUUCUUUAGAAUAGGUUGAUAAGCAAGAUAUACUGAAGGUUGUGUGGCUAGGAGUAAUUCUGUUUUCAUAAAGGUGAGUUAACCCAUUCGCUGUGAUCCUCUAAUCCCAAAGGAAAUUCUGAGGGCCAAUUUCCUAUGUUUCCAACUUUUGGGAGAAAGCCUCGCUUAAAACUUGCUUAGUAGUUGGUUUGAUUUGCCUGUUGUUUGUUAAGUAAUGAGUACAUUCUUUUAAGGUGUGUUUUUCAAGCAGCUUCACUUGGUUUGAAAAACUUCACAUGUACUCAUUUGUUGUCUGCAAUGAUUGGGAUUUUAUUUUCUGAAUGUACCCCAAACCCCCAAAGACUAUUGAAUAAGGUAUUUGCUGAUAGAAAAUCCAACAGGAAUGUGUGUAUGAGGCAUCAAUUCAAUUAGUUAUUGAAUUUCAGCUCAGUAUCUAUUACAAGGAAUAAUUAAUAAAAUUUGUUGAAAAUGUAAA